UUUGUAUAUUGUUAAACAUAAUGUAAAUACAAAUUCAAUGCAAGUCAGAACAAUUCAACCUUGUUUCUUAAAAUAAUAAAAUGUGUAUUAGUUAAAGUCUUAUUACUGAUAAAUUCGUGGAAACAGUUUAUCACCAUGUGCCGAUAGGCAUAUGAUUACCGUUACAAAUAACGUUGCAUUAUUCUUCAGUUAUUAACUAGAAGAACCACUGCGGAACCGAGAAUAGUAACGCUUCUGCAUCAAGAAUAGUGAAAUUUGAAGGUAUAUUCAGAUUAAUAACAAAUUGGUCGUCUUAUUAAAAAUGCUGCGUGCUAUAAUUCUGAUUGUCACCUUUGUUGCAGUGAAAGGCGAUGGAUGCAUACCACUUUCGUUUGGAAAAAAUGGUAAUGUGUGCAUCUGUAAUUCAACAUAUUGUGACACAAUAAAAGUGCCGCAACUGCGAAAGGACCAGUUUCUCUGGUACAUUUCCACCAAAGAUGGCAAAAUGAUGGAAUAUUCCAUUAAUAAUUUCUCCGAGAAUGAAGUUAAGAAUAUGUCUGAGACUAAAGUUCUCACAUUGGACAGUAGUGAGAAGUAUCAAAAAAUAUUUGGAUUCGGCGGAGCAAUGACUGAUGCCGCUGCACUCAAUAUUAGAACUCUCAGUAAUGAGACUCAACACCAAUUACUCGAGUCGUAUUUUGGUUCCACUGGUAUCGGAUAUACAUAUUGCCGCAUACCUAUCGCAGGUACAGACUUCUCGACGAGACCAUAUACGUACGACGACGUACCCGGCGAUAUUACAUUAAGUAAUUUCAGCCUUGUGAAGGAAGACGACUAUAAAAUCCAGUAUCUACAGCAUAUCAAAAAUAUUAUGUCUAAUCCAGACGAUCUAAGGCUAUUUACUACUGCGUGGUCUGCUCCGGCCUGGAUGAAAAACACUGACAACAUAAAGUGGGGUGCCUUGAAAUCCGAAUAUAAGCAACUUUAUGCUGAUUACAUCAAGAAAUUCUUUGAUGCGUAUAAAGAGCGUGGUAUAGAAAUAUGGGGUAUAACGCCCGGCAACGAGCCAUUAGACGGACUUAUCCCAUUCUUCCCUUUCAAUGCUAUGCUCUGGAUGCCCGAUGAAGAAGCAGAAUGGUCCGUAAAUUAUUUAGCUCCGACUUUGUCCGGAUACAAAGAUCUCGUUUAUAUGGCAAUGGACGAUCAACGUUACGAAUUACCGUGGUAUCCCGACAUAAUGUUCGAAAAUCAGAAGGCUAAAGAUUUAUUUUCCGGUAUUGCCUUCCAUUGGUAUGCAGAUGAAGUAUUUUCACCAGACAGAAUAACCGAUACGCAUAAUAAAUAUCCGGACAAGUUUUUAAUAAUGACCGAGGCAUGCACCGGUAGUUCAGGUACCGAUUCUUUCGGACCAAAGGUACAAUUAGGAUCAUGGAAUCGAGGAGAACGAUAUAUACUAGAUAUAAUAGAGAAUUUAUCACAUUGGGCGAAUGGAUGGAUAGAUUGGAAUAUAGCGCUCAAUGAGAUUGGUGGGCCAAAUUGGGCUGAAAAUAAUGUAGAUUCACCUAUUAUUGUAAUACCGCAGAAAGAUCAGUUCUAUAAACAGCCUAUGUUCUAUGCAAUUUCUCAUUUUAGCAAGUUUGUACCAGGCGGCUCUUAUAGAAUUUCUUCCACAGAAGGAAUAUUUCCCUUCUUUCAGAACAAAAUUAAAUCGAUAGCUUUCUUGACGCCCGAACAAAGAGUUAUUGUUGUGAUUGUUAACAAGGAUGAUGAUUCUGCUGCUUUGACAAUCAAAGAUAAGAUUGGAAACAAAAUAAUAGAUAUAAACUUACCCCCAAGAUCUUUCCAUACAAUAUCAUAUUUGGCAGAGCAGUAAUAUUACAUGUAUACUCAUGUAAAAUACAAAUGGAGAAUAUCUUUAUGAAAUUUUUUAGUUUUCUUAAAGGAAAGGACGAAACGUACAAUAUUUUGUACAACUUUUUUAUAAGGAAUAAAGAUGGAUUGUAUGUUAUAUGGAAAUACAUAUAAAAAUUGAUAUAAAUAUAAUUAUCUUUUAA